CACGUCUUGGUACUUGACUAAAUUGAACACUGACGAUUUUGAGUUCAUUCACAAUGUUUACCAGAUGUUAUGUGAUUUUAUUAAAAAUUGUGCUAAAAGAAUCAGCAGAAUAAUGGAGCUGCCUUCUAAACUACUUAAUUUAAUUGAUGAUUUGACCUUUAUUCUUGAUAAUCACUUGAAGGAACUAGUCAGUGAUGAUCCCAACCUGAAUUCAAUAAAAGUAGUUGAUGAUUACUUCCGUCAAGCAAGAACAGACAACACUGUGAAUAAAUUUUCUAAUGCAACUGCUUCAGAAACCUUACUGGGAUAUUUAGCAAACCGACAUGUACUUUUCGAUCAUUCUGCUUGUAAUAGGGCAGGCUAUAGCAAAUUUGAAUUUUUUGAUGAUUCAAACUCAAUGGGUCUGUAUCAAUCGGAAGAGAAAAGCAAUGAUGCAAAUCAUCCUCAUUUAAUUUACUUUAGAAUUUUAGUUAAAGAAAUCAUUCAAGCAACGUUUCGAGAUGAUGAUUCGUUUGUUUCUGGUCCUGGAAAUAGUGGACCAACGUCAUCGGUCAUUACUAUGAAUUUAAUUAUCUUGAUAGUAUCUGAUUUGAUACUUAAUAAGAUAUUUACAAAUUUAUCAUCGCCCGAAUUUUGUUUAGGUUUGAUUGAUCAAAUUAUCGACUCACUAAUUCAGGCAAUUGAAAAACCCAAGAAGAAAUCAAGUUUCCCUACUAGCACUGUAAUAGAACAGAAUAUAAUAGGGUUUUUCAAUAAAGCUUACACUUCAAUCAACUCUUUUAUGGGGACAAGCUCCUCUGCUGAUAAUAAUGAUGGUAACCCUAUUGGGUCGGGGUCUACUCAUAUAUUCAACUUUUCUGUAUUUUCGUUGAUCGAUACCAUUACCAAUAUUUCUAAUAGAAGACCCUCUCUUUAUCAUUCUAUAGGUCUUGUUAGUUCUUGGAUACUACUGAGUCCAUCACUAGCAACCAAACUCGAUAACAUGAUAAAGUCUUUUAUUUCAUCCAAAAUCUUAGGAGCAGGCUUUCUCAAAGAUGAUUUUAUUGCUCAAGUAGUUAAUCAAUUGAAAGAGAAUUUAUUCGGAGAAAAGGCUAAUUCCAAUGAAAAAGAAGAAGAAAAGAACGAAGAAGAAAACAAGGUUUCAGUUGAAUCAUUAACUGAAAAAACUUACGAUUUACUUCAAAAUAAAAUACCUUCUUUAAUCCCCGGUGGAGCACUGAUAUUUGGUAACUUUUUCGGAUGCCAAGGUGAAAAUGAAGCAGAGUUGAAGAAAAGCAUAGGUAAAUUUUUCACGAUAUUCAAUUACGACGCAGAGAAGUCAAGUAAUUACAAUUCGCUUAACGAGAAUUGUGAAUUGAACAAGCUUUUGAUGGUGAAAUGGCUUGAUUGCCUUAUAGGAGAGUUAUAUCCUGAAUUACUUAGUAAAUAGUGAGGUACCUACAAAUAAUCAAUAAAUGUGGA